GAGAGAGAGAGAGAGAGAGAGAGACGGCAGGCCGGCAGGCGAGAGUAGCAAUUCGUUCACCCUGCUGCAGCAUCCCGCGGCGGUGGUGCAGACGGGUGCUGCGGCGGUGAUUUAUCCAUCCACCAUAUCCACGACGGGACGAAACGUGACGAGAACAAGAUCGAGACGAGAGAGGCCAAGAUGGUCGAAUUGGAGAACCUGCGUACGGCAUCGCUGUAUAUCAACAACCAGCUGCUGUCGCGCGGUCUGCUGCGCGAUGGCCGCAACAUCGACUUCGCCGAUCCGGCCAACAGCGAUGGAGGGCUGCAGACCACCAUGGGCAAGGCCAUGAGCGUCAUCAACGACCUCAUCCUGAGGAGAGACCGCGACGCCGAGCACCGCGAGUCCGUGUCCACGACCCUCCGCACGCUGCGAACCGAAUCGCAGCGCCAGACGACCGAGCUUGCGCGGCAGGCAGAGAAGCUCGACGACGCACAGCGGCGCCUCGACGGUGCUGAGGCGACGGAGCGCGCUCUGCGGGCCCAGCUGCGAGCCGCCGAGCAGGGCGCGCACAAACUGCGAGAAGAGGCCGCUCGCGCCAAGGCGUUGGCAGCACAAGCCCGCGCCGCGUGCGCCACCGAGAUCCGCAAGCGCGACCGCCAGAUCGACGGGCUGAAGAAGGCCGUCGCGGAUGCGAGCCGAGUACGCGGAGGCACGCGGAACUCCAACAUGGUUUAUAUCAACGUCACGGGCGAUGUCGGCGGUGACGGCGGUGGCCCGCCUGCCGGGGCUACCGAGGUUGAGGGAUACAGCUUGCGGCUCGAGACCAACGCCUUCCUCACCGAACUAGCUAGGGGGCUGAGCGAGGAGAACGAGAGCCUGCUCGCCAUCCUCCAGCGCACGAUCGACGGACUGCGCGAUAUGAGCGGCCUCGACAAGAGCGGACCGGAUAAGAACGGUAGCAGUAGCCAACACCACAGUCGCCGCCAAGACGUCGACAACAUGGAAGUCGUAUUCGUACCACCACAGAGGAGUGGCGAGGAAUUGGCGACAGAGCUCGAGGCCAUCAUGGAGCACCUCCGGACGAUACUGACGAACCCCUCGUUCGUGCCGAUCGAGGAGGUUGAGGUGCGCGAGGAAGCGAUCAAUCGCCUGCGCAUGGGCCUCGAGACGAUGGAAUCCCGCUGGAAGGACGCCGUGCACAUGAUCGAUGGCUGGCGCAAGCGCAUGGUGUCGAGCGGUAGGUCGGUCGACAUGGAAGAUUUGCGCAUGGGUCUGCGGCUGAGCCCCGUCCGCGUCCGAGAUGUUGAGGAGACCGCCGACGUGAUCCCUAUCUCGACGAGACUCUCCUGCGUGCAUGAGGAGGACGAAGAUGAGCAAUUCAAGGUUGAAGAAGAAGACCGCGAGUACGAGGAGGAAGAAGAUCUCGCGGCUGAAGCGGAAGCAGAGGCACGGCUCCGCUUGCAGGUACCCAAAGAGUCUCCGCGUCUCCGGUCUCCGGUCUCGGCUGAAUCGCUACACCUCGUUCCGGCUCCCGGUUACGGGGGCGAGAAUGGAGAGAACUCGGACUCGGAUUCUAGCAGCAUCUUCGAGGACGACGAAGAGAUAGACAUGGAGGAGCUAGACGCCGAGGAGCCCAACGUCCAGGUGCUCCAGGAAUCGACGAUGACAUCGGUUGACUCCCCGCCCCUCCCAGUGCCGCCACAGCUUAGUCCGCUCAAAGAUUCGUACUCGUCGGGGAACAGGGGAUCAUCCGGCAACGAUCAGACAUACCAGAAGCGACCUGGAGAUUUCUCGACUAUCACCGAGGAGAACACCCGGCACCUAGCCGCGGCCCGGGCCGAGGAGCAGGAGAGACAGGCACCCACCCCGCCUCCUCACGUUAUCAAGCCCCAGCUGUCCCCGCGGCAGCAACCGAAGAAAUCAGCAACAUCCGCGGCCGCGACUGGGCCGAAGCGCUCGCCGACGUGGCAGGAACCCCGACCCAGCUCGAAUACUUCGUAUGACAGUCCCCUAUUCGGGAAGUCGGGUGAGAGACCCUCGCAAUCGACGCAGAAGCUCUUCUCGAAGCCCACGACGAGCCUUGGGAGACAAGCCCAGGGCAAGGCCGAAACGCCCGAGCCGGAGAACACGGGCACGCAGACCGCUGCAACUCGCACCCCUACUGCCCGCACCCCCACCUCCCGACCCAGGGGAAUGACGACGUCGUCAUCAAAGGCGUCUCCGGAUCCCGCGUCCGUCGAGAUUAAGAGGACGAAUUCCGAUCCCGUGAACACGCCAACACGCCCUCAGCGCUCGUCCACGUCUCGCUGCCAGGCUCCCGCUGCUUCUCAGUCGCAGCCCGCGCCGUCCGUCUCGUCCUCUUCGCGACAGCUGAUCAACGUCGUCACGACGACAAACACAGCACAUCCGCAGCAGCCGGCGCAAUCACGUCCCCGCUCAGCGAAACGUCCCGCUCAGACCUCGAGCACCACCACUACUACCGCUGCUGCUGCUGCUCCUGCCACCACGGCACCGGCAACGGCGACAGCAGCCGUCAAUGGUUCUAACGCAGGCAAUGGUAAUGCUGCAACUACCACAUCAGCCUCCUCUGCCAACCCGACGUCGACCUCGUCGCGUCUGCCGCGCCCCAACACCAUCAGUGGGACCAGCAAUACCAACAACACUACUAAUAACGGCGCAUCUAAUGGCAGCGCCCUUCCGCAGCCCCAGCAGAGCCCCCUGACCAUGGCCACUAUUGCCGCUAAGCUCGCGGCCUCAGAGCGGGAAGCAGACGCAGCGAGGGUGCGUGCUAAGCUUAGAGCCCUGCGUAGCGGCCGGCGUCUGGCGCCCGCGCCCAUUAUCACAUCCACCACCGCCACUACCGCUCCUGCCGCCUCCCCCACAACCGCCAGCUCUAAGAUGCCCUCGCUGCCGUCUUCACCGGCCAUCUUCAGCACGAUAGGCGGCAGCAUAAGACCGCUCGAAGAAGAACACCAACUGCCCCCCCAAGAAGACCGCCGGAGGAAGUCGACGACGGACCCGGUCAAGAGGGAUAGGGACCCGCCGCAGCAGCAAAUACAACAGAGCCCCCCGAUACGCCGAACGCGCUGCGGACGCCGUCGGAAGACAGGGGAGGAAGUCCCACGGAGGCGUGACACAGGCGGCAGCGUGCACAGCACCGGCCCCGCCGCAGAGGCCGACGGGUCCCCGGACGAGCUACUAGCGGGGUCGGUGAGUGAGAAAGACCCGCCGCCGCGGAGGCUCAGGAGGGAGCGGAGGGAGGAGGCGCAAGGUGAGACCCUCCGCGCCCACAAUGGCGACCUCGGGAGCCGAGAAGGGGACGAGGGGAACGACGGGGUCGGGGAGAUCAAGGUCCCGAAGCGCAAGCGCGACCGCACGAGCAAGGUGGCGUCGCGGCGACGCAGUACGCUAAGUCCGUGGGAGCUUGAGACGUUGAUACAGGGGAACACGCCGGGGGGUUAACUGCGGCUAGCCUGCUAGCUGGUGCCUCCUCUGCUACGACGACAGGUCGUGUGCCUGCUGGCCUUGUUUUUCCUCGUCUCGUCUUUUUUUUUCUAUCAUUUCCUAUGUCGACAAUAACAGGAACCACUACCAUACCACCUACGCAGAAUGGAUAGGGCGUACGGACUACAAUGCUGCCUACCUGCCCACUACGACCGCCGGCGGCUGCUGCGGUGUAGAGGUGGCAAUGGCUGGCUUGCGAGCCGGCAGGCAGGCCAAGCACGAUGUGCUGUACGCGCUAUACCAUAGAGAGA